AGAUGAUACAAGUUGUCCUGUGAUGUCGGCUAGUUCAGUGGUAUUUCAGUUUGUCGAAUACGUAUGGUUCGGGCGAGAGUAACGGAAAAUUCGAAAGUUUAUUUGAACAAAACACGUUCGAGAUUUUCGUUUGUCAUUCGAAAUGCCGGAUCGCGUUUCUGUUAAAUAAAUCACAUCGAGUUAUCCCGCCGACGCGACGUUUAAAAUGCCGUAAAAUAUUUCUCGUUUUUUUCGGACCGUUGGUUUUGAAUAGUUCAUGAAUACAAAAGCUGUCUUCAAAUUAGACAGUUUUGCGUACACGUAAAUGAUCGCCAGGCUACUCGCCGCUGUUUAGGUUCUAUCGCGAGAAUGUGCGAGAGAAAGACAGAGAGUAUGGAAAAAAAUAAUAUGUAACAAAAAAAUCACACUAGCACACCUGAUCGAGAGUCUUCGAGUGGUGGGAUUUUUUUUUUUUCUGACAAGCCAGCCGUAGCGAAAUGUUUACCGAGUACGCUGUGAUAUUAGUAAAGUCAACUUUGUCAUCCGAAUGUGCAGGCUGAAUGCGACACGCCGCCGGUGAUGAUGAAUUUUUCAAAUGCCGUGUAAAGCCGAUUGGACAGGACCACUUUGAUAUUCGUCCUGCGAACGUACUCGAAGUAAUCCAAUUUCGAACAUGACUUCAACUCCAAAAGAUUACAAUGUCACUCGCAAACCAUUCCAUGAUAAUUUAACAUGGUUUCUAGACGAACUAGAUAGCAUUAACAAAAACAGCUCACUCAAUCAGACGGUAUUCGGCGAAGAAGCCAACCGUAAUUAUUGGGCCUUAUUGUUGUUCAUCAUACCGAUUGUGACGAUUUUCGGAAAUGUGUUAGUAAUAUUGAGUGUCUAUAGAGAACGGACAUUGCAAUCGGUCACCAAUUAUUUCAUCGUAAGUUUGGCCCUAGCAGAUUUACUUGUGGCCAUCGGAGCUAUGCCGUUUGCUGUUUAUGCUUUGCUGAAUGGGAAAUGGGGUUUACCAGCCUUUGUCUGUGAUUUUUAUAUCGCCACGGAUGUUACUUGCAGCACAUCUUCCAUUUUAAAUUUGGUUGCUAUUAGUAUAGAUAGGUAUAUCGCGGUUACCAAACCAAUAAAAUACGCCAAACAUAAAAAUAAUCGAAGAGCUUGGCUGACGAUAGUCUUCGUUUGGGCUCUAAGCGCAGCCAUCGGAAGCCCCAUAGUUUUAGGCCUCAAUAAUACUCCAGACAGAGUAUCGCAUCUUUGUAUGUUCUAUAAUUCAGAUUUCAUACUUUAUUCAUCUCUAACUUCAUUUUAUAUUCCGUGUUUCAUCAUGAUCUACCUGUACUACAGCAUAUUCAAGGCGUUAAGAAUACGAGCGCAAAAAGCUAAAGCGUCGAGAAAGCCGCAUUUAGCAGAUUUGAAGCCAGGAAUUGUGAUUGAAAACGUUGCACAAACUAGAAGACUUGCCGAAACUACAUUAGGCACUUCUACAUUGUUACCAAGCAGCGGUGGAGGAUCGAGUUACAUGGAAGAAGGUCCUACGUGUACUGGCAGUGGAAGUCAGGAAGAAGACGAUGAUGGGGAUCGUUCUCCUGGCUCAGAUGAUUGUCAAGUGAUCUCAAAUGAUAAAUCUGCCGAAUUCAUUCUGUCCACGGUUGUCGAAGAAAGCACAAUGGUGGUGGCUUUGGCUUCGCAAAGUUGUCGAACGAAUGAAAACCACGAUUCGGGUUACGUACCUUCCAACGUUGAAGAAACAACUUUACAGACUUGUGCGUCAGAUUCAAAUCAAAAAUCAACAACAAAUAGUGAUACUAAAGAUAACAAGAUUUCCUUUUUUUGUUGCCAGAACGCGAAAACGAACGGGUCAAUGAACAACGAGAGUUUAGAGUCGGCACCAUUAAAGCGAAGUAUGGCAUCGACGGUUCGAGGUGUUUCCGAAGACGAAGACUUCACCGGUUCGAAAAAGGAAAGAAAGGCGUCAAAUGCUACGAGAUUUACAAUAUAUAAAGUCAACAAGGCGAGCAGAAAAAAACGCGAAAAGUCGUCCGCUAAGAAAGAAAGAAAAGCUACGAAAACCUUAGCCAUAGUUCUAGGUGUCUUUUUAAUAUGUUGGCUGCCAUUCUUCAGCUGUAAUAUAACUGACGCGAUAUGCUCGAAAAUGCAUUUCAACUGUAACCCGGGUGUGACGGCUUUCAUUCUGACAACGUGGUUAGGUUACAUGAAUAGUUUCGUAAAUCCAAUUAUUUACACUAUUUUUAACCCAGAAUUUAGAAAAGCAUUUAAAAAGAUAAUGCACAUGGAAACGUGAUCGCUGGAGGAAUUUGUUAUUUAAACAAAAAAAAAUUGGCUGUGUUACCAUCUAUACUUAUCAUAAAUUAUUGACGAAUAUUUAAUGAUUAAAUAUUUCGUGUACAUUUAACCAGUUUAUUAUAUUUGUAACUGUUAUGAACAAAAAGCUCCGUGAUUUUAUAUGUACUUCGUUUCAAACGUUUGUUUUCCUUCGUUAAUAUUAAGAAUUUGUUUCCUGUUUUAUUUUGUUAUAGUUAAAACUGUUCAUUUUGAAUCGUGUCAUGAAUUGAAAUCGACCAUUUAGUUGUUAUUUAUAUGUACCUAUUAGGUUUUUUUUCCUACUAUAAAAAAUUCUCCGUUACGAGAAUUUUUCUAAAGUCAACUUUAAAAGUUAAGUAAUGAGUUUGAAAUUGAAAAUCAUAGUGUGUUCAUCUUCAACAAGCGCAUGUCAAUAUACAUGCUUUACUGAUCUGCUUAAUGAGACGUUUAUCUACGUGUAAAAUUAUUACAGUCAGUUAGAACUACCUAUCUAACCUAUUUGAAUACUUAUUUAUGUAAUCCGGCACGUACACGUUAGUAAUACCUACGUAUCUUUUUCAUUUUUCAUUUUGAUACCGAUGGCAAAAAUAAGAUACCUACCUGCAUGAAUUAAAGUUCAUUUUGUGAUGAUUUUAACUUAUUACGUAUAAGUUGAAUUGAUCUCAUUAAAAAUUUAUUCGAAAUAAGCUCUCAAAAAUCACAAAUUAUCGAUCGCAUUAAUUUUUCUGCAUUCGUUAAUAAAAUCAUCACAUUUUCGUUAGGUAUAUAAAACUGUACUGUGACAUAAUAAAACUGAAAAGAUGAAUCAAUAAUAGGUAAGUCCAACAACAAAAAGUAUUUAUUUAUUUUUUUUAAAAAUCGUGUUUAUACCAAUUACUCGAGUAAGAAGCAAUACAUUUAUGAAAUGUUAUUAAUAAUGUAUACAUAAUCUGUGAUCGCAGAAAAGUAUCGAUUUUGUAAGCUGUAAAGUAAUUUUAUCGGCAGACUUCGUUUUUUUUUUUUAUACGUGUAUGUACUUAUGUAAUACGUUCAAUCAAGAUGAAAUUUUAACCGCAAAGUUACAAAGAAUAUUUAGAAAAGGUCCUUUAGCUGCGUGACAAUUUUGUAGUUACCGUGAACCGAAUAAAUGAAAAUAAUUGUCAAGUUAGCGAAUAAAUGAAUACAUAUCUUAGAUAUUCUCUCUUUUCCUCUGUCUCUCUCUUUUUUUUUUUUUUUUUUUUUUUUAGAAAACCAACUUUUUACAAAAGCUACCUAUUAAAAAUUAAAAUUAAUUUACGCAGUUUAUAUGUUAUGUAUUAAGGAUGUACAGUACGUACUGUAUUUUGUAUCGAAAAUAUUAUAUAUUAUUCGUCAUAAGUACAAUACUUUUGUAAAUACAGUUAAAGCUUUCCAAAGACUGUUUCAAAAUAA